GAAACAGCGGCAGGCCUCGGCCGCGAAACUGAGCAGCUAAAAGCCGCCGCCAACAAGCGCUCAUAUUUAAAACCUCCAUCGGGAGAAACGCGGGCCUGCCUUUGGUGCUGUUUAGGUUCUGUGCCUAACCUACAAGGAAACCUGAUAACGUGAAUUUAGCCAUCACGACUUUUCAAACGAUGCUUGGAAAUUAGGUAUUUGGGAGAAGAUACGGAAUCUGAGAUUCCUACACGGUCUGAAUUGAGUUGAUUUCUGUUUGCCACACAUUUAUUGAGCUCCUACUAUGUGUCACAGAAUUCAAUAAACACCAUCCCCAUGCUUGAGGAGAUGCAGGGGAAGAAUGCCUGGCUUCAGCUCUAGCUUGCCAGUUAACUUGGAUGCCGUUUUGAAAAUGCAGGGUGGUGCCUCUGCCUUAUUAAAUCCCAUAGGAAGAAUGCCACACGUAGACUGAUUGAUGCCUACGGAUCAUCACCGUUAUUCCUACCGAAGUCCUGUGUCAUUGAGCAUACCUGUAAAGAUGCCUUAGAAAAAGAAACAUGGAGAAGUAUAUUAGAUUACAGAAGAUUGGAGAAGGUUCAUUUGGAAAAGCCAUUCUUGUUAAAUCUACGGAAGAUGGCAGGCCAUAUGUUAUCAAGGAAAUUAAUAUCUCAAGUAUGUCCAGCAAAGAAAGGGAAGAAUCAAGGAGAGAAGUCGCAGUGUUGGCAAACAUGAAGCACCCCAAUAUUGUCCAGUAUAGAGAAUCAUUUGAAGAGGAUGGUUCUCUCUACAUCGUGAUGGAUUACUGUGAAGGAGGAGAUCUGUUUAAACGAAUAAAUGCUCAGAAAGGCAUUUUGUUUCAAGAGGAUCAGAUUUUGGACUGGUUUGUACAGAUAUGUUUGGCCUUGAAACAUGUACAUGAUAGAAAAAUCCUUCAUCGAGACAUAAAAUCACAGAACAUAUUUUUAACCAAAGAUGGGACGGUACAACUUGGAGAUUUUGGAAUUGCUAGGGUUCUUAAUAGUACUGUAGAGCUGGCUCGAACUUGCAUAGGUACCCCAUACUACCUAUCACCUGAAAUCUGUGAAAACAAACCUUAUAAUAAUAAAAGUGACAUUUGGGCUUUGGGCUGUGUCCUAUAUGAGAUGUGUACACUUAAGCACGCACAUGCAUUUGAAGCUGGCAGUAUGAAAAACCUGGUACUGAAGAUAAUAUCCGGAUCUUUCCCACCUGUGUCUUUGCAUUAUUCCUAUGAUCUCCGCAGUCUGCUCUCUCAGUUAUUUAAAAGAAAUCCUAGGGAUAGACCAUCAGUCAACUCCAUAUUGGAGAAAGGUUUUAUAGCCAAACGCAUUGAAAAAUUUCUCUCACCUCAGCUUAUUGCAGAAGAAUUUUGUCUAAAAACAUUUACAAAGUCUGGAGCACAGCCUGUACCAGCUAAAAGACCAGCUUCUGGACAAAACGUGGUUUCUGUUGUGCCUGCACAGAAGAUUACAAAGCCUGCUGCUAAAUAUGGAGUACCUUUAACAUAUAAGAAAUAUGGAGAUAAGAAAUUACAUGAAAAGAAACCACUGCAAAAGUAUAAACAGAAGAUUACAAAGCCUGCUGCUAAAUAUGGAGUACCUUUAACAUAUAAGAAAUAUGGAGAUAAGAAAUUACAUGAAAAGAAACCACUGCAAAAGUAUAAACAG